GAAACCGACAUUUUGAUGGACUAUAAACAAAGAGGCGACGGUCAAGGUGGAGUGUACUUAAGGCACGACCGCCAGUUCAACGGUAGCUCAGUUGCCAUCAUGAAGUCAGCCAUCGUCUUUGUCUUUUGUCUCGCCGUAGUCGCUGGCCUAAUCAGUGAGCAUAAAACGGAGAAGGAGUACCACACAACCACUACACAUGUUCCAGAACCCUCUCAGGAUCUUCAGCCUCCAAAAAUUGGCAGCAAAAACUACUUUUAUAAGGAUAAUGUAGAACCAAUCCAUGGAAGUGACAAAGGAUCAAGUUAGAAGCAUAUAAAGCGUGGUUGAUGAAAAUAAAAUUAAUGUAUAAAAAUAACAACUGAUAGAAAUAAGAAUUAACAAUAUAUAUUAUUAAACUAAAGUUUUAAAACCAUAAUUUGUUUAAAUUAUAGAAUACUCUCUCCUACACCAGUACUGUUAUUUUGUAUUUCAUGACUUAGUUCAGUUUCGAAAUUUUUGAUUAUUAAUUUUUGUGAUAUUUCUAAAGGGAAUAUUUUAUAUUUAUUCACAGCUCUAUAUUUCGACACUGCAAUCACCUACUCUGGAAUCCACUUACUCACUGUCUGUACAGAUAUUAUAAUUAUUCCAAAUAUUAUAAUCCAAUAAAACUAGGAAUAUCACUAAAAUGACUUUACUCAAAAAUGUUUAAAUAGCAGUUGGUCAUUCAGUCAACUGAAAGGCUCAUCUAAGAUGUUUUCGGAAAAAUGCUGAAGUUUUAAGAUGCAAAAUGCUAAUUGAAUUAAGUAUUUCCUAGAGAAAAAUGGCUUAAAUUUGAUUUGCUAUAUUUGAAGAUAUUGUAAGAAUUAAAGAUGUAAAUAAUGUAUAUAAUAAAUUGCAUAUUUAAAUUACUUAACAAAGGUUCUUAUAUAACUAAAACUUGAAAUAAUAGUGCUUGGAGAUAUGGUAGGGAAUGGGAAAGCAAAUCCUUUGGGAUGGACAUGGAUUUUAUAUGUAUUUUUUAUAUUACAGACACUAACAAAAUACAUAAAUGAAUAAGUUGACCGAAUAAUGUUUUUUAAUUAUUU